UUGAAGAAAAACACACAGCAAAGAACACACAGAUGCAAAAUCCAUUAUAAAGAAGUAUAAGGAGAUUUUAAAAAAAGGUAGGUGACAGCAGCAGGGAAUUAAAAUGGCUGAACUUAUAGAUUUGCCUAAAAAAGUUGAAGACUGGACUAAGGACCACGUAAAGCUCUGGGCUGCACAGAGCUUAAAUAUUGACUUAAACGAUGUGGAAAUCUUAUUCAAGCAAAAUGUGACAGGCGAGGUUCUCCAAAUAUUGUCUAAAAAAGACUUAACAGAUAUGGGAAUUACACACGGCACUGCUAUUUUAAUAACCCAUAAAAUAAAAAAACUCAUUACACCAAGUCAGAAUGAAAAAAAAGGUAUAAAUUUGGGUUCAGCAGAUGGACAAACAAACAAAAAAGAGAUAGCAAAAACAAAACAAAAGAUCCCAAGUAAAGAGGAUGUGAAAGCUAAAAGCAAUGACAGGGAAAAUGAAUCAAAAGAACCUGAAAAUUUAGAAAUCAAACCUUCUAAAGUUCAGUGCACACCAUACCCUUUUGAUAGAUUCAAUGAAAGUAAAUGUUACACACAGUUUCAUUUCCUUCCACCUGAAUCUGGCACAACUAAUUAUAUUGACCCCGUUCAUGAGUACAAAGAGUUUACUAAUACAAUAAAUGCAACAGAAGAGGACAGAAAAAUGAAAUUUUGUAAUGAGGUCUUUCGGUUUGCAGCUGCAUGCAUGAAUGCCCGAACGAAUGGUACAAUCCAUUUUGGAGUCCGAGAUAAACCACAUGGGCAAAUAAUUGGUAUAAAAAUAGACAACCCCGAAACCUUUGUCAAGUACAUUGACCAAAUGAUCAGCAAGUACUUUGAGAUAAAACAAGUUAGUUUGGCAGAAAAAUGUAUUCGUUCACCAAGAUUUGUCAACGUAUUAUCUGAACAAAACACCCAAUCUAAUCUAGUUGUCAUUGAAGUUGAUGUGGUCCCUAAACAUGCUUUUUGCAAAGAAGAAAUAUUCUUUACAUAUCAACAAAAUUUAAAUGAAACUUGGAAAAAGUGUAAAAAUAAGUCUUGUUUUAAACGAGAUGGAGAAAGUUCCAAAGAUAUACUUGCCAAUGUACAAAAUAAUGAUGCAGAUUUCAAAGAAUUUUUUUCUUGUAUGAAGUCAAGAGAUUAUGAUAGAAAAAUGGCAGAGGAGACUCACAGUAGAAACUACAUUAAAUCACAAGACGAUGGUCUGAAACUUGUAAAAUUAAUUACAGGCAACAGAGGUACGUUGGACAACUCCUACUAUAAAUGGUAUAUACUAGUAGCAAACAAAAGUCACCCUAGCCAAACAGAACACCUUGAUUUUAUGCAUGAACUAAAGUGGUUUGCUGUUUUGGAUUUCGACUCAGAGUCACUUACAAAUGGUCUGUGUAAAUUUUACAGAGAUAAAAGAAUAGCAAACUUACAUUUUCCCAGUCAUUAUCAGAAUAAUGGAAAUGAAGGACCCGAAUCACUUAAACUUUUUCAACAAACCAGCUGGAUAUUCUGUAAUGGAAGGUCAGAUCUUAACAGCAAGGAACACGAACCAUUAAAUUAUAGGUCGUGGCAGAAAGAAAAAGCUGCGGAGGUCAGAAAGCUGAUUUCUUUUCUUUCACAGAAGAAUAUACUGGAACGUGGUAAAUUCCUUGUAGUUUUUCUGUUACUUUCUGCAGUUGAUGACUGUGCAGAUCCCAUUAAUGAAACAUUUAGCACUUUUUACCAGGAACUUGGUGGCGUAGAUGACAUUUUAUGCAUUUGUGAAAAUGAACACACUUACCAAAAAUGGAAAGAUCUACAGGUAAAACUAGAUAUAGAAGAUAUGGAAGACAGGUGUAUUUUCAACUUAGACAUUCAAAAAGUAAAUGGGACAAUUCUAAAACUAAAAUCUAUGAUUAAAUCCUCCAGUCUCUUUUUGCCAUCACAUGGGUCUUCCUCUAUCAUUCUUCAGGAAAAAGAUAAAGAAGUAAUGAGCUGUUUGGACAUUCUUUGCGCAAAUGAAUGUGAAGAAACAGAGUUAGAGAAAAAUGAAGAGGAAUUUAAAAAAUUCAAGACAACACAAGAGGAACACUUUUACAAAGGAGGAAAAGCUACCUGGUGGAAUUUCUAUUUCUCAAGUAAAUACUACACAGGGCCAUUUAUCAAGAGAGACAUUCACAAUACAUUAAAGACAUUGAUAGAGGAAUGUCAAAAACAAACAAGUGUAAAAAUUGUUACUCUGUAUCACCAUCCUGGUUGUGGAGGUUCGACUUCUGCAAUGCAUAUUCUCUGGGAAUUGAAAGAUAAAUUUCGAAGUGCAACUUUAAAAAGAAAGACAGAUAGUUUUAAAGAUAUAGCAAGAGACGUCACAAAUCUUGCCAUUCAUGGUUCAACUCCUAUGGAAUAUUUUCCUGUACUUCUUCUGGUAGAUGAUUAUGAAGAGGAUGAAAAUAUAUAUGUUUUGCAGAAUUGCAUUAGAACAGCCAUUGCUGAAAAGAACAUACGAUAUGAAAGACCUGUAGUCACCAUAUUAAACUGCAUGCGGUCUCAGACUCCAGUAAAAAGUUCAAAGGCAGAUUGUACCUCAAGUGUAGCUUUAGAGCAUAAACUGUCCCCUCAGGAACAGAGAGCUUUUGAAACCAAACUAAAGGACAUUGAGCAGCAUCACAAGAAACCAGAAGAUUUCUAUUCUUUCAUGAUAAUGAAAAGCAAUUUUGAUAACAGCUAUAUUAGAAAUGUUGUGAGAAAUCUACUAAAAGGCUUAAACAGCGCUAGCAAGGAAGCCGAUCUUAUCUCUUUUUUGGCUUUGUUAAACAAAUAUGUUAAAAAUUCCACUAUUUCAGCUUCUAUGUGUGAAGAAAUCUUAGGAAUAACUGCAAAACAAACAUACUGGGGAAAUGAGAGCAUAGAAGAUAAAAUGGGUACUUAUUGUACAAUCUUAAUCCGCACUGAGGUGGAAGAAUAUGGCAGAUAUGAAGGACUGCGUAUAAUCCAUCCUCUCAUUGCAAGUCAAUGCAUAGAAGAGUUAAAAAUGACCUAUGGAAUACAGCAAAGCAAAAUUAUGUUGACUCUUUUAAAUACUCGUGUUGAAGGAAUCGGAAAAGAAAUGUUUUUGCUAAAUAUGCAAAGUAUGUUGGUCACAAGGCACAGAAAAGAACAUGGCGAUGAAACAGACACACUCUUUUCUCCAUUAAUUGAAGAAAUACAAAAAGACGAGGGUAACGAGAGUGUUGAAACUGUUCUAAAAGAAGGAUCCCUCAGAUUUAACCAAUAUGCAUUCAUUUUCCAAGCCUUAGCACGGCACUACUACAUUAGAGAGAAGAACUUCAAAUGUGCUUUAGAAUGGGCGGAAAAAGCAAAAACGAUUGCACCUAAUAAUUCAUUUGUUUUGGACACUUUGGGGCAAGUACACAAAACAAAAUUGAAAAGUAUGAUGGAUGAAUGUAACAAAAGACAUUCUUUAACACCAAGUGAGCUGAAAUCUCUUCUAGAUAGCGCAGUUGCGGCCUCAGAAGCAUUUAAAGACUGUCAACAGCAAGCAAGAAAGACAGAAUCUGAAAGAGAAGAAUCAGAAUGGACAAAGUCUAAACGGUACAAUGUGUAUAACACGGCAGGAUACCUUGGACAGAUAGAGGUAUGUCUUUAUACAAUAGACAUAAUUUUUAGGUUGCCAUGGUUCAACUCAAAAAAUAAGCUAUCUAGAAAUCACCUAAUUCAGUAUCUGUCUGGUAAAUGGGAUAUUUCAGUUGACAAAGACAGUACAAACCAUGAGGAAGUUUAUGAUAUUCUCACCGAGUUUAGAUACUUUCUUAUUAAAAUUAAAUCCCACUUACAGAUGGCUUUUGAUUUCUUCAAUGAUUACUUUGUACAUCUGAAACAAAAAAACAUUCAUAAGGAAAGUGCAGACUUUAAAAUACGUGAAAAAGUUGCUGACUACUUCAAAAAGUAUCGAAAGACCUUCUGUCAUCAAGAUCUCACAACAAUUUUAGACUCCCAAGCAGUUCCGAAAAGCAGCCCUUCACUGCAUUCUGAUUGUAGGGCUGGCAUCGAAGGUUACAAGGCUCACAAGUUCCCAGGAAUUCUAGAAUAUCUUACAGAUCAUGGAAAAGAUCGACAUGAGAUUGAAGUCAUAGUACAAGCAUAUGGAUAUUUACUAGAAAACCGUACAGACAAAUUUGUAAUAAGAGACAAAGAGAACUUCAUUCUUGCAAACAUUGUGCUUCAUUGUGUUUAUCCAAAUUCUAAACAAAUCUGCAAAGAUGGGUCUUUAAAAAAAUACCUGAGAGAGAUUUUAGACAAAGUUGGUUUGAACCAUGAACAUUUAGAACCCUACUUUUUGGCACUGUUACUCUUCUGGCCUCAUAACAUGCAUGUUCUGGAUAAUGAUUCUAAAUACCUAGAGGAAUAUGUUCAUGCCAUGAGAAAAUCCUUUAGGGUGCAAUAUAAACAUAUGUGCCAUGCUAAACAAGCCAUUGCACAUUUCUACCUGGGAAAAGGGAAUGGAUUAAAAAGAUUAAUCCACAAAGGCAAAAUUGAUCAGUGCUUUUCUGAUGUUCCAAAUUUGCAUUCUCUCUGGCAGAAUGGAGAUAUAUGGAAAGAACAAACAACAAAGGAACUUUUGCUGCGAGUAAAUGGCAGAACUGAAGACAAUACAAUUUAUGUUGAAUGCGGCAACACAGAAAGAAUUAAGAUUCCCGUACGACCUGCCUACCUCGGACAGUUGAGAAGUGGAAGAAGUAUUGAACGAGUGUCCUUUUUCCUAGGAUUUUCCAUUGACGGCCUGGUAGCAUAUGAUAUAGAAAGCAUGUAAACACAUUUGUGAAACCAUCUGGAUACUAGGCCUAAUUACAUUUCCUGCCAGUGCUUCAAACAUACCGGUAAAUACUUAUAUUCUGUAUUCUAUGAUUAGCAAUCCUACAUCCUUCGUCUUCUGUAUAUUCCUUAUCUAUACCUAUAAUAUUUUCUAUUUAAAAUAUCAGAGAGAACAAAGAAACAAUAAGAUCUUUUCAAGUAAUAACUAAGAAUACAUAUUAAUGCACAGAUGCACAUACAAAUGGCUAAUGGAUUCACUACGUAUUACGGAUUCUUAACAUAUUAUAAAAAAGAGUGACACAAGUCACAUGCAUUGCUACAUGUAUACAAUAAACUAAAUUAUGUACAAUCUGCUUAACAAAAAAAAAAUCAACAUUUUUCCAUAUUUGCCAAUUGCAUCUGGGAAUAAGUUGGACUUCUUAAGAUAGACUAUAACAAAAUAUGUCGUUCCCAAUUAUGGAGGUCAGACACUCAAUUUGAAAACAUAAUAACUAGGGCAAAACCUCCAUCUCAUACUUUUUUUGUCCUUUACUGCAGUUUGAACUUCUUUAAAAAAAACUUUUUUUGUUAAACUGCAAGAAAUUUCUAUAGGUUCAACGCUGACCCAGGAAAAUAGUAUGCUACAUUCUCUU